AUGGAUCAAUCUCAACGCCAAAUGCAACGCGCUGUUCCUGCAGCGAAAGCUGCACUGCUUCGAAGCAAGAGAAGAAAGCUCAAGGAUGUUGGAAAGAUGCAGGAGGAGAAGGCCGACAUCAAGAAGAUCAUCAAGCACAAGAGGAAGAAGCGCAUCAUGAAAUCGCGAAUUGUUAGGAAGAAGAGGCGAGAGAUGAGAGAAAGAUGGAGAAAUGAGCACUGGGAGGGAGAGGCGAAAAUGCAGCGAGCAUUGGCAGGCAUGGGUUUCGAGGAGGAGCUGCGGGAUUUCGAGCUGGACGGAGACGAUGGCUGGAAAGCGGGAGCUGGGUGGGAUGAUACAGAGCAUCAACAUCAAGUCAGAGAGGAGUUUGAAGAAAUGGUUGAGUAUGAUGUUAUGGAAGAGUACGAGGUAGAGGUGGAGGUCGAGGAUGAUGAAGAGGGUGCAGCAGACACCGAUGACGAGGAGCGCGACAUGUAUGUUUUGUCGGAUGACGAGAACAAGUGA